CAGCGCGCUACCCGCUUUUGCCUGGCUUCCCGGCUUAAUUUUCCUCGGCGAGAUUAAAGUUGGAAAUUGAGCGGAGAAUUGAGUUGCCCGGGAACAGAGCCGCGGCCGCCGCCAGAGCGAUGUUCCCGCAGAGCCGGCACCCGACGCCGCACCAGGCUGCAGGCCAGCCCUUCAAGUUCACUAUCCCGGAGUCCCUGGACCGGAUUAAAGAGGAAUUUCAGUUCCUGCAGGCGCAGUAUCACAGCCUUAAAUUGGAAUGUGAGAAACUGGCAAGUGAAAAGACAGAAAUGCAGAGGCACUAUGUGAUGUAUUAUGAAAUGUCAUAUGGAUUAAACAUAGAAAUGCAUAAACAGACUGAAAUCGCCAAGAGAUUGAAUACGAUUUGUGCACAAGUCAUCCCAUUUCUGUCUCAGGAACAUCAACAGCAGGUGGCCCAGGCUGUCGAACGUGCCAAACAGGUGACCAUGGCAGAGCUGAAUGCCAUCAUCGGGGUACGUGGCCUACCAGGUCUACCUCCUACACAGCAGCAGUUGCAAGCUCAGCAUCUUUCUCACGGCCAUGGACCUCCAGUGCCCCUCACCCCUCACCCUUCGGGACUUCAGCCUCCUGGAAUCCCGCCCCUCGGCGGCAGUGCCGGCCUCCUGGCGCUGUCUAGUGCUCUGAGUGGCCAGUCUCACUUGGCAAUUAAAGAUGACAAGAAGCACCACGAUGCAGAGCACCACAGAGACAGAGAACCGGGCACAAGUAACUCCCUCUUGGUCCCAGACAGUCUAAGAGGCACAGAUAAACGCAGAAAUGGACCCGAGUUUUCCAAUGACAUCAAAAAAAGAAAGGUGGACGAUAAGGACUCCAGCCACUAUGACAGCGAUGGUGACAAAAGUGAUGACAACUUAGUUGUGGAUGUGUCUAAUGAGGACCCCUCGUCUCCACGAGCAAGCCCCGCCCACUCACCCAGGGAAAAUGGGAUCGACAAAAACCGUCUGCUAAAGAAAGACGCCUCCAGCAGCCCGGCAUCCACCGCCUCCUCGGGAAGUUCCACUUCUUUGAAAUCCAAAGAAAUGAGCUUGCAUGAAAAAGCCAGCACGCCUGUUCUGAAAUCCAGCACACCGACACCUCGGAGUGACAUGCCAACGCCGGGCACCAGCGCCACUCCAGGACUACGUCCAGGCCUCGGCAAGCCUCCAGCCAUGGACCCCCUCGUUAACCAAGCGGCGGCCGGCCUGAGGACGCCCCUGGCGGUGCCGGGUCCGUACCCUGCGCCUUUCGGGAUGGUGCCCCACGCGGGCAUGAACGGCGAGCUGACCAGUCCCAGCGCCGCCUACGCCAGCCUCCACAACAUGUCGCCGCAGAUGAGCGCGGCCGCCGCCGCGGCCGCCGUGGUGGCCUACGGGCGCUCCCCGAUGGUUGGGUUUGAUCCUCCCCCUCACAUGCGUGUACCUACGAUCCCUCCAAACCUGGCAGGAAUCCCCGGGGGGAAGCCCGCAUACUCCUUCCACGUUACUGCGGACGGUCAGAUGCAGCCUGUCCCCUUCCCCCCGGACGCCCUCAUUGGCCCCGGCAUCCCCCGCCACGCUCGCCAGAUCAACACCCUGAACCACGGGGAGGUGGUGUGUGCGGUGACCAUCAGCAACCCCACGCGACACGUGUACACGGGCGGCAAGGGCUGCGUCAAGGUCUGGGACAUCAGCCACCCCGGCAACAAGAGCCCCGUCUCUCAGCUCGACUGUCUGAACAGGGAUAACUACAUCCGUUCCUGCAAAUUGCUCCCUGAUGGCUGCACUCUCAUAGUGGGAGGGGAAGCCAGUACCCUGUCCAUUUGGGACCUGGCGGCUCCCACCCCGCGCAUCAAGGCAGAGCUGACGUCCUCGGCCCCCGCCUGCUACGCCUUGGCCAUCAGCCCCGACUCCAAGGUCUGCUUCUCAUGCUGCAGCGACGGCAACAUCGCCGUGUGGGACCUGCACAACCAGACGCUGGUGAGGCAAUUCCAGGGCCACACAGACGGGGCCAGCUGUAUUGACAUUUCUAACGACGGCACCAAGCUCUGGACGGGCGGCUUGGACAACACGGUCCGGUCCUGGGACCUGCGUGAAGGGCGGCAGCUGCAGCAGCACGACUUCACCUCCCAGAUAUUCUCCCUUGGUUAUUGCCCAACUGGGGAGUGGCUGGCCGUGGGCAUGGAGAGCAGCAACGUGGAAGUUCUCCACGUGAACAAACCUGACAAGUACCAGCUGCAUCUCCACGAGAGCUGUGUGCUCUCCCUGAAAUUUGCUUAUUGUGGUAAAUGGUUUGUGAGUACUGGAAAAGAUAACCUCCUCAAUGCUUGGCGGACACCCUAUGGAGCUAGCAUAUUCCAGUCCAAAGAGUCCUCAUCCGUGCUCAGCUGUGACAUCUCUGUGGAUGAUAAGUACAUAGUCACUGGCUCAGGGGACAAGAAAGCUACAGUCUAUGAAGUCAUCUACUGAAAACAUUAUGUGGUUUAACGUUUAUAGUUGAAUUGGGCCAAAAUGUUUUGAAUUUGUAGAAAUAGAAAAGUUAUAACUUUAAAAACACAAAAACCUGUUUCCAAACCUUGACACAAAACUACUUUGCGUCUACAAAGAGGAGGCCGUGAGCACAUCAACAGAAGGUCACCUACCUACCUAGACCAAAUGGAGCACCGAGGCAAAGUGGACAGAGGGGUGAGGGUUGUGGGCUUGAGGAAUGGAGCCCGCUGACCUGGGCAGAGUCCAUCCUUUUCUUUCUGUGAGAUCUGCCGAGAUUACCUUUCUGUUCCUUGCCGUUCCCCUCCUGUCUGUCCGUGGUAGAGCAGUGGUGUCUCCAAUGAACUUGUUUCCUCGUUUUGCAUCUUGUGAAAUGUUUUUUUGUAUUUUUGUUGAAGGUUAAACAUUUGUAUAAAUUGUAAAUAUAUUUGGUUUAUUACAGUAAAGGCUUUAGUACCAAUAAGUGGU